AUGGUAAAAUCAUACUCAAAGUCUGAAUUUCACCAGUUAAUGGAGAAAGUGGAGGUAGUUGAUGUUAGGGUGAAGAAUUACUUGGAAUUGACGGGAUACGAUAAGUGGGCUAGGUUAUAUGCAACAGUUCAUAGGGGAUGGACUUUAUCAUCAAAUAUUGCAGAGUCAAUUAAUGCCGCAUUAGUAUCGGCUAGAGAACUUCCAAUAUACGAUUUUUUAGAGGAAGAGACAUUGUACACACGCACGGAUCUAAUUGGAAAAUUUCAAGCAAUUCUCCAACAGAAUGAAGCUGAGUGUACACGUAUGAAGGUUAUACCAGCCUCAGAGUACGUCUAUACAGUCCAUGACGAGGAGAAAUAUUUUAUUGUUUGCCUAAAGAAAAAAAAAAGUUCUUGUCAUGCGUUCCAAUUGGAUGAGAUACCAUGUGUGCAUGCGUGUGUUGUACUUGAUAGCAAGAAUCUUGAAAAGGGACCAUAUUACUCUCAUAUAUACAAGCCAAAAACUGUUAUGAGAACGUAUGAUCUUCCUGCAUAUCCUCUACCACAUAAAGAUGAUUGGGUGAUGCCAAAGAAAAUAUUGGACGAGGUAGUUUUGCCCCCGAAAUACAAGCGUCCCCCUGGAAGACCUGCAAAGAAGGAGCGUGGUAAAUCAGAAAGAGAUAUGUUCAGAAAGAAAAGCAAAAAUUGUUGUAGUUCAUGUGGAUUAAAACGUCACAAUAGGCGUUCAUGUAGAAAAUACAACAAAUGA